AUGUGCCUGCAAACUGCGGCGGACGAGAUCCGCUGCAAGACCUUCCCCAUGUUCCUGAAGGGAAAAGCCCGGCUUUGGUUCCAAGGCCUGGCCCCGGGGACUAUCCGGAGUUUUUCCGAGUUGGCCAGGCAAUUUGUCGCCCAAUUCGUCUCCUCCAAAACUUACUCAAAGAACGCGACCCACCUGAUGAUAAUCAGGCAGAGGUCCGACGAGUCACUGAGAACUUUCAUGACCCACUUUAACACGGAGAGCUUACAGGUCAGGGACAAGGACGAAAAGGUGGUCAUGGCUGCCUUUAUGAACGGGCUCAGGGUGGAGGACCUCUUCUACAAGGCGCACGCGGCCGCCAAUGUCGAGGAAGCAACUCGCCUGAAGAAAGAGUCAGAUCGCGGUCUCGGGGAUCGGAGAGGACGGGAAAACCACCCUGAGAACAAGGACGGCCCGGCCAAAAAGAACGUCUUUGACCGGCUCACGAGGGAAAAAGCCCCUGCUCCGCCACCACUCCCGGAGAAGGGCUACACCCCCCUGACACAGCCUAGAGCCCAAAUCUUGGCUGUUAUGGAGGCGGAAAGCCUGGGAGACCGGCCGCCCAAGAUGGGGACACCUCGGAACAAAAGAAACCAGGACCGGUACUGCGCCUUCCACCACGACGUGGGACACGACACGGAGGGAUGCUGGACCCUGCGGAAGGAGAUCGAAGAUCUGAUCCAACACGAUUUCCUGGAAUGGUUCGUGCGGCAAGGUCGCCCAGGCCAGGAGUCCGGACGCACCUACCGCAGAGAUCGGGGUGAAGGCCAGCGGCGCGACCGCCUUGAGCGGCGUGACGCGUCCGGGAAUCACGAGGCCAUCGUGAUAGACAUUAUCACCAACAACCACUGGGUAAAGAAGGUGUACGCCGACCAAGGAAGUGCAGUUGAUAUUAUGUUCUAUCGGGUGUUCAAGGAGUUCGGCUUAGAGCACGGGCAGCUGACCCCGGUUCGAACACCCCUGAUGAGCUUCACCGGGCCGCCUGUCAACCCGGAAGGCAUGAUCACCUUGAUGGUCACGGUAGGACAGGCCCCCAAAUGCCGGACCAUCCCAGGUAAUUUCGUGGUAGUCAAGCAGCCAUCCCCGUACAAUGUGUUCCUGGGUCGGCCUGCCUUGAACGCCCUCCGAGCUAUACCCUCCACGCUCCACCUUAGCGUCAAAUUCCCCACCUCGGGAGGGAUAGCCGACGUGCGUGGUGAUCCCGAGGUGGCCAGAGCGUGUUACUUGGCCAUGCUUCGGGGGCAGGAGAAGCUGGUCGCCCAAACGGGCUGCUUGGAGCCCUACAUCCCGGGUGAGGAGGCUCGGCAGCUGGGCACCGAGGACGAGGUCGAGGAGUUCCCCCUGAGGGAAGAUCGGCCUGACCAGGUAAUCCGCAUCGGCAAGCUGCUGCCUCCUGAGGAGAAGAAAGAUUUGAAGGCCCUAUUGAGGGAAUAUUCCCAAGUCUUCGCCUGUACACCACCUCAACGUGAAUCCCCGCUUCAAGACAGUGAAGCAGAUAAAGAGGAGUUUCGCCCAGAAAGGAAUGAGGUGAUCAAAAAGGAGGUCGGGAAACUGCUGGAGUCCCAGAUCAUCCUAGAGGUCUACUAUUCAACCUGGUUAGCCAACCCGGUGCUGGUAAAGAAGGAGGAUCAGACCUGGAGGAUGUGUGUGGAUUUCACGGAUCUCAACAAAGCUUGCCCAAAGGACUACUUUCCUCUACCAAGAAUCGACAGGUUAGUAGAUUCUAUUGUGGGAUUUGAUGUUUUGUACUUUCUGGAUACCUUUAAGGGGUACCACCAGAUAGAGAUGGUUGAGGAGGACCGGGAAAAGACCUCCUUCAUCAUAGAGGAAGGAACCUACUACUACCGGACUAUGCCGUUUGGCUUGAAGAAUGCGGGAGCUACCUACCAGCGCUUGGUCAAUAAACUGUUCCAGAAUCAGAUCGGCAGGAGCAUGGAGGUCUACGUGGAUGACAUGAUCGUCAAGAGUCGAACUGAUCAGCAGCUCGUCCCCGACCUGAGGGAAAUCUUGGGCAUCCUGCGGGAGAGCCGGACGCGGCUGAAUCCGAAAAAAUGUACCUUCGGGGUCAGGUCGGGAAGGUUCUUAGGAUUCCUGGUGUCUCGGGACGGGAUCCGGGCCAACCCGGAUAAGCUCCAAGCUAUCAUGGACAUGGCACCCCCAAGGAACGUGAAGGAGGUCCAGCGGCUCACAGGAAGGAUGGCUGCCCUGAACAGAUUCCCCUCGCGCUCCGCGGUCAGGGGGCUGCCCUUCUUUAAUGUCCUAAAAGCGCCUAAAGACUUCCAAUGGACGGAGGAGUGCCAGAGAGCUUUCGCCGACCUGAAGGCAUACUUAGCAGAGCUACCCACCCUGACCGCCCUGGAGCAGGGGGAGACCCUGUUCCUAUACCUGUCUGCUUGCAACAAAGCCGUUAGCGCGGUCUUGGUGCGGGAGGACAGGGGGGUUCAGAGGCCUAUAUACUAUGUCAACCGUGCUUUACAAGGGCCGGAGACGCGAUACACGCCGGCUGAGAAGUUGGUCCUAGCCUUGGUGCAUGCUGCCCGCAAGCUCCGGCCUUAUUUCCAGGCCCACAGCAUCGUCAUCGUGACCGAUCAGCCCUUACGGCAGAUACUUGCCAAGCCCGAGGCCUUGGCAGACUUCCUUGCUGAGGGGGCCAACUUGACCCUAACCGAACUAAGCCCUCUGCGCGAGGAUGUACGGCUGAGGAAGCCAUGGGUGUUGUUCGUAGACGGGGCCUCCAGCAAGGAAGGAAGCGGAGCAGGUCUGCUGCUCAUCUCGCCAACCGGGGAAGAGUUGACCUAUGCUCUCCGGUUUGACUUUCCCGCAUCUAACAAUGAGGCUGAGUAUGAGGCCCUAUUGACGGGGUUGCGGAUAGCCCACCAGAUGGGUAUAACCGCGAUCAAAGUCCGGAGCGACUCUCAGCUCGUUGUCCUCCAAGUCCGCGGGGAAUACGAGGUCAAGGAGGAGAUCAUGAAGAAAUAUCUGGCCAAGGUGCAGGAGGCAAUAGCCCCGUUUGAUACCUUUGAAAUUGAGCGGGUGCCAAGAUCGCAAAACAAGCUUGCAGACGCCCUGUCAAAGCUGGCAUCCUCCUCGUUUGCGCACCUGAACAAGGAAGUUUUGGUAGAGGUGGUAAAGCAGAAAAGUAUCGACCAAAUCUAG